CGCGCCUUGUCUUGUUCAUUCCUUUGCCAUUCCUAUACCAUCAAAGGCGUAGCACCGGAUCUCACACAACAAAUCCAAUAAUGGGAUCGCUUCCUCCGCCACUCGACCUCCCAUCUCCGCCGCCCAAAUAUCCCCUCCAUGAGCGGAUUUCCGAGACUACCCUUCUCAGCCUCUUCAAAGCCCAACAAGGUCACCUCAAUUACUUCUUCCAGAACCUCGAUCUAUCCAUAGCAUUAUCUUUCACCGAAACCCUCCUUAAUUCCCGCGGCACCAUUUUCUUCUCCGGCGUUGGAAAAUCCGGAUUCGUUGCCAAUAAGAUCUCCCAGACCUUGGUUUCUCUCGGCAUCUGCUCUGCCUUCCUCUCCCCUCUCGAUGCCCUCCACGGCGACAUUGGGGCACUCUCCUCCACCGACAUCCUCGUCCUCUUCUCGAAAUCCGGCUCCACCGAAGAACUCCUGCGUCUCAUCCCCUGUGCUAGAGCCAAGGGGGUUUAUCUCAUUUCGGUUACCUCCGUUCCCGAAAAUGUCUUGGCAAACGCUUGCGAUAUGAACGUGCAUCUUCCGUUGGAGAGGGAAUUGUGUCCGUUUGAUAUGGCGCCGGUUACUUCCACGGCGAUCCAGAUGGUAUUUGGGGACACGGUGGCUAUCGCUCUAAUGGGAGCUAGGAACUUGACUAAGGAGCAAUACGCGGCCAAUCAUCCUGCAGGAAGAAUUGGGAAAAGCCUUAUUUUUAAGGUGAGAGAUAUAAUGAAGAAGCAAGCUGAACUUCCAGUUUGCAAGGAAGGAGAUUUGAUAAUGGAUCAGCUGGUGGAGCUUACUAGUAAAGGAUGCGGGUGCUUGCUGGUUAUAGAUGAGGAGUAUCACCUGCUUGGCACAUUUACAGAUGGUGAUUUGCGGCGUACUCUUAAAGCUAGUGGAGAAGCCAUAUUCAAGCUCACCGUCUGUGAAAUGUGCAACAGGAAACCCAGAACCAUCGGUCCGGAUGCAAUGGCAGUGGAAGCCAUGCAAAAGAUGGAAUCACCGCCUUCUCCGGUACAAUUUCUGCCUGUAGUCGAUCAUCAAAAUAUCCUUAUUGGUAUUGUCACAUUGCAUGGAUUAGUUUCAGCUGGUCUUUGAAAUAUAGAGCCCGUCUUGUGUCUAGUUUUUGAAUGUUGAUGUCCUUUGAUAAUUCUUUUGUGAGUGUUCAAGUAGAAUUUGAAUUCAACCUGAUGAUAGCUUAUGUAUUCUUGGGAUAAUUAUGUAUCAAUUUAUUAAUUCUAUGUUAUCUAUUUUGAGAAU